GCACAGCAGCAGCGGCUGAGCAGGAGGAGCAGAUUUUAAAGUUUGAUGCCACAGCGGUCCGGACAGAGCGGAAACUCAUCCACGCUGGACUCCGGAACCAGGUGUAGAAACCUGACUCGGCUUCACCUGGAACAUCUGAUAAGUCCAAUAACGCUCCGCUGAGGACUGCUGAGGACACCUGGAACAAGCAUUUAAGCGGAUUCUGUUUCUCAAAAUAUUUUCUGCGUCUUGUUGCUUCUCUACUUAAAAAGAAAAGCUUUUGUUUCUUUUGCUUUUUUUUUGAGGAAACCAUCCACAGAGGGGAAUACGACAAAAUAAACUUAUUUCAAUAUAUGACUGUACUGACCCACUUUUCAUGCUCCAGCUAGCUGAGUGAAGAGGAAACCUUGCAUUUAGCAGGCGGCAUCAGAGAAGGUUAUGGGCCGUUUAACAUGCAGGGCCAUUAAUCAAGCGACCUCCAGUUCUAAUUAGCUGCCACACACGUACGCAAACAGUUGCAUCUGGCUGCUGAGGUAGUCUGUUUGUAACAGGACGCAGACGAGCUCUGAAACUGCCAAACCAAGUCAGGUGUUGGAUGUCCUCCUGCGUUGUAUCGCCUCUCUCGGACAACGCUGACCUUGGCGGAGAAUAGAGCUGUUUGUGUUUGUUUGCAUUAGCGGAAGAUGGUGCCACGCCCGGUGUACUAUGAUUGAGAGUGUCAAAGACACCUGAUGGUGGUUGCGUGGCUCUGAUAAGCAGGGAGGAAGAAUUACUGCCUGAGGCACUGAUGCUCAAAUAAGAAGCUGGCUGAUCAUCAUUGGACUUUUAGAGUCUCAUCCUCAAAUAAGUGACACACAAACGUAGCUUGUGCUAAUUGCGAAGUGCACACGUGCGUCUGUCUGACACGUUGUCUGAGCAGAUUAAAGUCAAACCUUUUGUAGGUCAUGUCACUUUGACUUACUUAGCUUUGACAGCAUCAAGUGGCCACCAGAAGAAAAUGUGUGGCGCAGCAAAAAUACCAACACCUUAGACGAAUACAUCACAUCAGUCCGCCUGUCUGUCAAAUAUAAAAGUUGCAUGCUGACUUCUUCAUCACCUCUCAUGAACGCCUUCCCCUUCUUCUCCACACUUCAACCCAACACACCCACCAUCCAGUCGGUGUGUAAGCCCUGUCUCCGGGCCCCGUGGAGAAUGAACGAUGUACCCACCCUUGACUACGAGUCGCUGAUGUCCCCGGCCAGCUCCUCACUGCCCAGCAGCCCAGGCAGCGGCGGCAGCAGCCCUCCCCUCGCCUUGGUCACGGUGGACACUGAGCAGCGUACCGCUUUGGCCUUCGUAGGCCUCCUCAUGCUUUUCUUGGUCUUCCUGCUCGUCAGAUGCUUCAGGAUCCUGUUGGACCCAUACAGUCGCAUGCCUGCAUCAUCCUGGACUGACCACAAGGAGGGCCUAGAGAGGGGUCAGUUUGAUUAUGCACUGGUGUAGGCUACAGAUUACAUGUUUGUUUGCACACAGAUUGUUUUUUUUUUGUUUUUUUUAAGUUUUUCUCAGAAAGUGAUGAUACAUGCUGUACUGUUGUAAAUGCACUAGCAGACGGGUAGACCUUUUGUUGGUGUAAAUUAAUGCUGCAGGACUACUUGUCUAUAUCAAGUGUUGCUCAACACAGGAUUCACCUCGACAGGCAAACCCUCGCAGUGCUGUGAAAAAGUAUGUACCCACUUGCUGAUUUAUUCUGUUUUUGCUUUUUGUUUUCUUGUCACAUUUUAAAAUCCGUUUCAUAAUUUAAAACAUUUAAUAUCAGACCAGGAUAACUUGAAGAAACUUACAAAAGAUUUAAUUUGUUUAGAGAAAAAAAAACCUCUUAAAUCUAAUCACUAGCUUUGCCACCUUUGGCAGCCAUAAAUCUAAUUGAGGGUUUGCAAUAACAGAUGAUGUGUCUUUAUUCUGGACCAUUCUUUGUUGCAGAAUUAUUUUCAUUCAGCCAUACUGUACAGUUUUUAAGCAUGAAUACCUUGUAGUGUAAAAUACCCGAGCAUUAGGGAAAGCCUUACAGUCUUUUUCAAAUUGAUAAACUUGAAAACCUCUCUCUGAUCUGAUCUUCAAUUUCUUUCGAUUAGGCCCUGAUGUGAUGUUUUCAGAGAUAUUUUAUCCUACUUCAUGUUGGAUUAUUUGGCGACUUAUUGAUUCUAUAGGUCUGACAGAAAUCAUGAUUCUGAUGUAAUUAUGAAAAUGAGUUCAACUUUAAAAAAAUUUAAUGAAAAAUGUAAUACUUAUUUUAUUGUGACAGUGAAGAAACAAAAACAAAAAUAAAUCUGUAAGUUUUUUUUUUUCCCUCAGUACUGUAGAAACUGGACCUUUAAAAGACAGACGACAGCUGCCUUAACCUGACCUACUGUAACAGUCUAUGACACCAUCCAACCACAGCAUCACUAUUUGUAUUUGGUUGUAAACAAUAUUACUUUACGUCACAAACUCAUUCUGCUUUUUUAAAUUCACUCUGUGCUUAAUGCAGACAGUUAAAAGAACUCAGGUGUUGGAUAGACUCAGAAAAAAGUUAUUCUUAAGCAGACGCCCCUUUAACUAGAUCCGGUAGAGUGUCUGGGUUUUCACUUCUAAUCCAGGAGCUCAUUUAAUUACUUUUUACUCGUUGAUUCUGAAUUUUUGAACAUUGCUGUGGCUCCACGUUUUCAAAAAUCCAUGCAAAUAGUUUCCAUAAAACCCUGACAGUCUAUGCUUAACGUGUUGUGUCUGUACUGAGAAGCCAUAUUAAAAACAACACACAAAAAACUAGUUUGUUACCUCAUGCAGAGGGUUAUGUUGACGGGUUAUGUUCCUGUUUUUUUUGUGGCAACGAAGCAAACUGCAUCAUUUAGGACAAAAAUUAUUUUUCUAAUCUCGACUCAAGUUUUGGAGUCUCCUUUUUUCUAUCUUUUUGUCUCUUCCUCCUAACAUACCAACUUUUAGACAGAAACUUUCAAGGCCGUCAUGCAGCCUUGUUUUAAAAGGAGGUAAACCAAGCAGCUUUGCUUUUUGUGAGUGUUUUCUGACAGCUGGCUUUCUUUUUUAGUGCUGGGUUAAAUUGGUGAGAUAAGAACUCCUUCUUGCAGAAAUAUGUGCUGAUCUGAGUUAGUAAGAAGUUCACAAUCCGUGUGGGGAAAUUACAUAAAAAUAAAUUCUACUUAGUACAUUAAAGUUCUUUGUGCUGCUUUUUAUUUUGUUCCUAUUUGCCAGCAGUGGUGCUACCAGACUUUUAUGCAUAGUACAUUUAAUAAAUAUAAAUUUAAAGCAAAAAGCAAAAUUUAUACUUAAAUGAUAUACAGCAUAUAACAAAUGUAGAUUGUCUUUUCAAGUUUUGCACGUUAUGUUCCAACUAUUAAAUGUGUUCCAAUGGGAUUUUAUGUGAUAAACCCACAAAACCCCUCCAAGAGUAGAUUAGCUUUGUAUUCAGAACUAAGGAAUUUGAAUUGCUGAUAAUCAAUGCUGUUUGUACAAAAUAGUUUUGAGAAAUGCAUUUUCUGUACUCUUUUGCAAAUGUCAGGGAUGAUUUGAGGAGUGCACCAAACCUUUAAAUAAACUCAAAUCAUUCUGCUGA